AUGUCAAACUGCACUUGUACGUUGCCCUCUCUUCCCCUCACCUCCCACCCUUCCCCUGACCAUGCCACUCGCAUUGUACCUAGCGCAGCCCCCUCUUCCAUCUCCAUUCCCCCUACCCUAGCCCCUCCUUCAAUUCCCUCUUGUCCCUCGCCCCCUUCCAACUUCCCUGCGUGCCCGCCGCAACAUCUCCCCUUCCCUGCCCCCUCUGCCACUGCACAAUUUUCCUACUGCUCGGCCAACUGGGUGCCAGGCAACAGCUGUCAGCCCACCACUUUGGGCAGGUCAGCUUGGGUCAUCUCCAAAAAACUUUUCCCAACCCACUCAUCCUGGGUUGCCUCCUGCAAGCCACCAUCAACCGCACAUAGGGCAGCACCAUUCCUUUCCUCACCAUUCUUUUCUGCACCUUUCCAUUCCCUUGCACUCCUUUGCAAUUGCAUUUCUCCUACUUCCCCAUCUUCCUGCUCCACUUCCCUUAACUCAUUACUAUCCUCAUCCUCCUCUCUCUCAUCAUCCUCCCUCUUAUUCUCCUUCGCAUUCUCCUCCCUCUCAUCCUCCUCUAUCUCCUCUACUUUCCCCUCCAACUCCUUCCCACCCUCUUCCAACCAACCAUCCCCCCCCCCCUCUCCCUCACACGUCCGCUCUCAUCCACUUCGCCCAUCUUGCCUCCCCCACUUCCCCUUCCCCUUCGUCCUCCCCCGCCUCGCUUCCCCAGCUAAGCAUCUAGCCCCACCUGUCUCCCAUCCACACCUUUCCGCGCCCCUUUCCACCCCCUCCGCUGCUCUCCCCCCUCACCCUUCCCCUCCCCACCCUCUGUCUGCCCAUCCCUUGCGCUUGAGUAGCAGCUCCCCCAUGGAAAUCUGCCCCUCUCCCCUCAAUGCCCUACUGCUGCCAUUCCUUCUGCCUACAUUUCCCUCAGUCUCCCUCUCCUCAUCCUCCUCUUGUUUCUCUUCCUCUUCCGCUUCCUCUUCCUCUUCCGCAUCUGCUUCCUCUUCCUCUUCCUCUUCCACUUCCGCAUUUCGCUGCGCUCUCUGCCGCAGUCGCCGCAUGGCAGCUGCCUUGCUCUCACUCCACUGCAGUGUGCCCGCACCCCCACCUGCUGCUCUUUCUGCUGCUCUUUUUCCCCUUGCCGCCCCUACCACUGCCUCCUCUUGUGCUGCUUCCCCCACUGCUGCCCCUAAAGCUGCUUUUCCUCCUUCCUCCUGGCGCUCAAACUGA